AUGGUACCCGAUGCAGUGAAUACCCCGGUUCCGACAACUCCGGUUUAUGCUGAUCUUCCAAAUCUUCGCGAUGUUGCGAGUGAUGCUUUACAUCGACUUGCGGUGCUUCUCGGUGUUCCCGAGGAUAGUGUCCGGUUUCUAAAGUCUGUUGACUUCGAGGAAGCUGAGAGGUCUAUGAGUUUAGCUGACAGGUUACUGUUUCGUCAGCUGGUUGAGCAGGCAGGUGUAAAUCCCGUGCCCGUUACUCAGGCUACUUCAGAAGGUCAUUCAGAUGGACGAUCUUAUAUAUCUGACUACCUGCGUGAAGCUGUUGUCACUGAUAGGAGUGGAACUGAUACUAAGAGAAUAUCGGCUACUGCUCAGUUACCUAUUCCGGAUGGCAUAAAAUAUGCUGGUGAAGAUGAUAUUAGACCUGUAUCGGCUUGGGUGAGAUCGUUUUCACAAGUAGUGCGUAUCUAUCGUUUGGAUGCUGAUACCUGUUGGUCUUUCCUUAUCCGUGCUGUUGAUGCUAGUGUUUUAUCUGAUAUCUUCGACUUUCUGGAGGAAUCGUCGGCUUUGGGUCUUGGUACUGUUACUAGAUUAUCUAUGACUGAGAGGUUUUUGGGUGAUAAGUACCGUAUUACUGAUGAUCCAGUUCGUUGGAGAGAACGUUUUGAUAGUGUUAAGCAAGGUCCUAGUGAGAGAGUUACCACUUAUUAUAAGCGUGUGAAGAAGAUGGUUAGCGCUGGUAGAUGUAUCGACGUUAAUCUUAGUGAGUCAGAAGUCCUAAAACGUUUUAUUGAAGGCCUGAGAGCUGACUACAAGAAGGUGGUAAAUCAAACCUAUGCUCAUUAUCGCUCUCUAGAGAUCCUUGCGAGAGAUUUAAGUUAUUGGGAGGAUCGUAACUACGGAAUACGUAUGGAUCAGACUGAGAAGAGCAAUGAUAAGGUUAAGACUGUUGACCAGAAUGUUCCGGAGUCAGUCCUAUCGAUAUCUACUACUACUGGUACUGAAGUGGAUGCUACUCCAUCGAAGGAUACCAGACAGUGUUAUUUUUGUCAUAAGUUUGGUCAUCUUAAACGGAAUUGUCCUGCACGCUAUCAAUGGCUUGCUCGAAAAGGUUUAGUUCGAGAGUCAAGUGGUGAGGUUCCCAAGGCUACUACAACCCCUAUUGUUCAAACUGAAGCUCUCCCAGUGUCCACGGUUGAAUCGACUUCUAAGGUCCAGGCAUCUCCCCCUGUGGUACAGAGUAUUUCCCCUAAGAUGGUUAGUGCCCCUACUUAUGAAAAGGUUGCUAUGGUUAGAGAUGUUGACGAUGAUGAAAUCUCUCGUUUGGAUGGUGGUGUUUUGCAUGACCCUGUUGUAAGUAUCAUCCUUAGGCAAGAUAUGUCUAAGGACAGUACUGUACGGAGUCCGGGUGCUCGUGUUAAAGCUUUAAUCGAUUCGGGUGCUCGUGGUUUUGUUUAUAUGUCGCGCCGAAUGUUCUUAGCGUUGGCCUCAGAGGGUAUUCUGAGGAGAACUCUUACUGGUGCUACAGGUGUAUCUUUUGGUAAUGGACACUCUGUUGAAGUUGAUGGCCAGUGUGAGGUCGAUAUUUGCUCCGCUGCUGGUGAUCUGCUUGUUUCCAGUAGCUGUAAGGUGGUUGAUGGACUUACUCCUGAUGUAAUAUUCGGAAAUGCUUUGUUGAGAAGAUGCUCAACCCUUGUGGACAGUCUGCUCGAGUUUUAUCGUUCUGUUGUUGUUGACGCUGACUCUAAGGUGAAUGUACUUUCUGAGGUCGAUACUGUGAAAGCGAUCUCGUCGACGUCUUCGAUUGAAUGUCGUGAGGAUGGUAGAUAUGUUGCACACUGUCAAAUAUUGGAGAAUGCGUUGAUGCAGCCUUUUUGUGAAGCUAUCCGUCGUCGUCCUAGGUCCCGUCAGAUUGCUAUCUAUCGACGGUUGAAGAUUGCCUGUGGUGAAGGAAAGAUGCGUGAGGUUGGUCCAGACCAGAUCAAUCAUGUGAACGAGGUAGUUCUUGUUGACAAGAAGCCUGGUGAACCUCUAGGGAACGUUGAGCACAUGACUGAUCCUGUGAUACGGAAGAGAUUCCGGGUCACAGUUGACUGCCGGAGGCUGAACUCUAUGAAACUUGCUAUGGUCCCUGGUAGUGAUGCUCAUCAGCAACGAUACUGGUGGGCUAAUGAUCGUGAUGUCUCAGACACGGUUCCAUCAUCCUUCACUACACAAAGCCAGCAGAAUGCUCUGAGUAUUCUGUUGAGCUGGCCACUCUCAUAUCGAAAGGUUUAUUUUAAGGUUGAUCUAGAGGAUGCUUUUUCUAGUGUACUCCUACCCGAAGGAAUGUUAUCUUACUUUACGGUAAGAGCUUAUGAUGGAGAGGGUAACUUGCACUACUUUCAACCUCUAUGUUUGGUUCAAGGGUGGCGUUACUCUCCAAUUAUAUUUACCAGAUGUAUGGAUCAUUAUUUACGUGAAGUGAGAAGUGAAGCUGCUCGAUUAGAUCUUGACUUCAAGAUCGAACAUUUUCAGGAUGAUGUCCUGGGAGGGGCAUCAUGUAAGGAGGAUGCUGUUUCCGGUAGAAGUUUGGUUACUUCGGUUGGUCGGCGACAUCAUUUUAUAGUCAGUGAAGAGAAGAGUGAGAUUGGAGUAAGGGUUACUUUCUGUGGUCUUAUAUGCCAAGGUUUGGAAGUAUCCCCGGUCGUUAAGGAUGCUGCCGGUCUCUCUGAAUCUGCUGUUGCUCGGAGUCUGAAGGAGUAUGAUGCUCUGAUAGAUGAUGAGGCAAAGCGCAAAUGGAUUCGUUCAUGGGCGGGUCGAUUUCAAUGGUUGAGGAGAUGGUUGCCGUACGGUUCUCACGGUGUUCUCCAUAAAUUGCAUAAGUUGACUUCUUCGCCAUCAUCUAUAGCAAUUGAACAUGUGACCAAGCUUUGUCGUAAUUAUUUUUCUGGUCUUCUCUCUCUAUAUGUUGUUGGAGGAUCUACCAAUACACCAAUCCUCGGUAGUUGUCUCAUCGUUGAUACGAAUAAGGAAGCGUGGUCGUGUAUGCUGCUGCAAAUAUUCAGUGUUCCUAAGGACGAGGUUGGAGAGAUUGGCCAAGACGGUCCAUGGUGGUUGAGCGAAUUGGAUGAUCUUACUAAGGAGGUAUGUCAUGGUUUGGGUUUGCUCUUACCUUACGAUCGUGAUGCUGUAAUGCUACCAUUAGCAGUUGAUGGAUGUAUUUUAACCCCCUCGGAGAUUAAGCGAUCCUCUACUGUUAAGGAGAGACGUGGUAUGAUUCGUGCUGUAACCCGAAAUUUGGCAUUGAUCACCACCCCUCUGGCUGUCGUUUGUGACAACAAGAAUUCUUCAGCAUGGUGGAAUGAGAUAGAGCUUGACUAUGCUGAUUCAGAGGAAGAGUAUCGUGGUUUGUUAUUAUAUCAAAGGACGGUUUGGGUAACUCUUUGGAGUAGUCGACAAGGUUGUGUCUCUUAUAUUGACGCUUUGGCACGUGGUGUCAACGAAGAUAAUCGUUUGGAGGAUCGUGAUAUUCAUAUUGUUCAAGAUCCUCUACAGGAACUGAUAUCACGUGUUGGUGAGUGUGAUCAAGCUGAUAUGUUACGGAUGGUUUCGGAUGAUGAGGAGCAGCAUAAUGCCGUGGGUUUCGUCAUUGCUCCUUGUUUGAUUGACAUCGACUUCGAUUUUGAGAAGUUGAAGGCCGAUCAGAGGAUCUGUCCGGCAUGUGAGUCUUUUAAGAGCCAAACAGGUUUUACUAUGGUUGAUGGUAUUCUUUAUCGGGAGCAGCGGUUUGAUGAAGUUGGCCGUAUUCAACGUCAGUUAGUCAUACCAUCGACUUGGAUAAAUUGGGUGGUUUCUGAGAGUCAUAAAAGGACUCAUGCCUCUGGUAGGCAGUUGAAGUCUUGGUUGCAACGUUGGUGUUGGUUUUCCAAGAUGGGAACAAAGUGUCGUUGGGCUAAGAGUGUAUGUCCUACUUGCCAGCGUGUUGAUAGUGAUGGACGUAUAGAGGUUCCUUAUUCUACCCGCUUACCCGAUGCUAAGGCAUUGAAGCCGUGGUACCGUGUUGGUGUUGAUGGUGUUGUCGUGAAACGUGGUUGUCUAUUUUUAACUGUGACUGAUGCUUUCAGUGGCUAUAUGGACUUCACGAUAAUUGACUCGACUGAUGCCGCUACCUUUAUAAGAGGUUUAUCGAUUAUCUUUGUGAGGAAUGGCUUUCCACGAGAGGUUCAGAGUGAUGGAGAAUUUGGUUCUAAAGAGGUUCAAGAUUGGGCGAAAGCAGCAGGUAUACGUUGGAUUCUUGGACCAGCUAAUCAUGGUCAGACUGGUGGUUUCUAUGAAAGGAGGCAUCGUUGUCUGUUGGAGUGUUUGCGACGUUGGCUAGCAGAUUUACCUUCGGUUGAGUGGGCUGAUGAGCUUCUUCUGCAGAAUGUUAAAUGGAUGAUCAACCACACGGAACUUGGUGAGUCACAACUUACUCCUAUGAUGAUUAUGUGGGGAAGAAUUUGUGAACUUCCCUGUAUGCGAUCUGGAUCUAUUGCUGAUGAUUCGUCAUCUGUAUCUGAUCCCGAGUUGUAUGACCUUAUAAUAGCAGCUGGCCGUAUUAGUCGAGAGCAUGAGGUUUUUACUGCUAAGUUCGUGGAACAUUGGCUGGAUCAACGGGAGAAAAAUCAUCCGGUAUUGCGAUAUGAUAGUGGUCUACGAGUUGGCAUGUGGGUGAUGGUCUAUACCCAAAGAAGUUAUAAGCUUAGCCCAUGUUGGCGUGGUCCUUAUCGUAUUUCUGCUAUCAAGAGUCGUCAUGUUCUGCUUACUACUGAACGUGGAACUGAGUUUCAUCAUAUCGGUAAUUGUAAAAGGUUUCGAUCGGCAGAUAACCAUGUUUCUGAGGAGGACUCUAAGAAUGACCUCAAGGAUGAUUCUGCUGAGGGCUCUCAAAGCCAUAAGGUUCCGAAUGAUACUUUGGUUCAACUUCCUCAAGGUAGACCAAAACGUCAGGCUGCUAUGCUAAGUCAGGCUACUACUAGUAAUAUGUUGAGAGAUGAGAGACGUGCGGUAGUAACUAAGCGUCGUCGAGUCGCCUAG